AUGAAAUACGGAGUUUGCAGUUUUAGUGGCCACUCAAUUUACAGAGGAAAAGGUCGCAUUGUUGUCUUUUCAAAUGGAUCUUCCUUUUUAUUAGGUAAUAGAAAGAGUCGUAGUUAUUUUAUGCGUAAAAUGAACCCUAAGAAACUUAGCUGGACUUUGGCCUCACGAAUUAGUCGUAAGAAGGCCACAGCCUUUAAAGUCUCUAAAGUUCAAGCACCAAAGGUAGUUAAGUCAAUUCGGUCCUUUGUUGGUCUUUCCUUAGAUGAGCUGAAGAACAAAAUGGGUGCUGAGGAGGUAAAGCAAGAGCCUUCAGUGCGAUUUAGCAAACGGGAUAAGAUAAAGAGAGUUUCACAAAGCAACUAA